AUGUCUCCAGCUGCCACCACCAUCAAGACGUCUCUUUCUAUCAUGACGCCAACAUCACUCGGCUUCCUUUGUGUGUUUUUGACAGAGUAUCUUCCGCACAACACUCCCCAACACCACGCCUCAUCAUGGGCAUUGGUGCUUGCCGCUCGUACCUCCCACAACAACACCUACAUCUCAUACAGCCACUCCGAUUCCAACGGUGGCAGUUCUCCUCCAGAGACCCAACAGGGGUUCGUCGAAGACAGUACAUUUGAGAGCGACGUGCCGAGCAAUCUCUGGCUCGUGCCUGCCAACUUCGACUUCUCCAGUUCCAUUUCAGAGCCAGCAGAAGAGUCUCUUGCAAGUUCGAGUUCCGGGAGUUCGUCGCCACUCUUUCGGUUCUCCCCUCAUCCGCAAGAGCAGGACACAACCACGACUGUCUCCUCACCAGCGAGCACGCAUUCGUACAGCGACCUUCAGUUCCAACGACAUGAGCAAGACGGCGUCCAUCAGCAUCGAUCUCUGGAGGAGAAUCUGGAAUUGGAGGAUCGGAAUCGUGAGUUGUUGGCCGAAAAUGAUGCGUUGAGGAAGACGGUCGACACACAACAGCGAUUCAUCGCGACUGGUGCCACUCGCCUCAGAAAGUCGGAAAUCGAGGCCGAGAAGCGGAAAUCCCUUGCUGGCUACAACCUUGACCAGUCAUCUCCCAUUGCCGUACCACAAUGGAAACCAGAACCUGCAGCACAUGAUCCGCAUGCGGAAAUCGAGCGGCUGAAAUCCCAUCUAGAACAACAAGACAGAGCACUGCAUCACUCCCGCCGAGAGAUCCAUCGCCUCGAGGAAGUCGUCGUUGACAAGGAGACAGAAAUCACAGUGCUCAACGAUGUGAUCAACCAGUUCAGAUCGGGGGCCCGACAAGCAUAUUACUAUGUCCAAACCUUGCUCUAUCGAUUCAACUGGCUCCAGCAGCAUUGCACAAAUCCUGUCGCCGCACAUGAACAGCUCGCAAACCAGAAUCUGUCGCUCCAACAUGAGCUGCAGAACAUGGAACAUCAUUUGGAAGACGUCCAGAACCAGAACAACGCUCUGUUGAUGGACCGCGACCAUCUCUACACACUGUAUGUUGCCCGAGAUAACGACCUCCGUGAGGCCGUCGACGAAUACGGGCAGCUCGAUGUCCACAGACACCACCUGGAAAUUGCCAACGCUCAGCUCGAGGCGGAGAAGAGAGAGCUGAAAGCUGCCAACACCAAGCUGAAGGCCAAGAAGAAUAAGGCGAAGGUCGCAAACGUCAAGCGAACUGCCACGUUCAGAAAGCUCAAGGCAGAAAUCCAGGCUCAACUGAAGAAGGUUGAUGGGACGAGAAAGAAUAUCAUAAAGACCUGCUUCAACAAGACGUUGGAUCAGAACAAGAACGACGAGUGCGAGGCAACCAAUUUAGGCGAAGAGCCUCAGGCGGAGCUCCGACACUGUCAAACAGCAAACAAGACUUGCGACAUCCCGAGUGGUUUUCCCGACCACAGUCUAGGACCCCUACCUUUUCCCCUUCCAGAAAGUUUCCUUGUUUAUCGGAGUGUGGAAGAAGACGAGGUCAACGAGGAAGAUGAAGAUGAAGAAACGACAACUGAUGGUGGUGUCCUCGACCUGGUGCGCCUCAUCAACAUGCUUACGAUCGAAGAUGAGUUGGAUCUCAUCACUUGA